GUCCUUUACGUACAACUUGCGUUAAGAAAGAAUAAGAACGACGAUUCCACCUAUCUUUCCCCACAAAAAGAGUCAGUCAGCUAAAGCAAUCACACAGUCCCACCGAUUUAAAAAACCCUAGCUUAUUGUUAGGAUAAUCCGAUCGGAUUAUGUAUUUGGGUUGAAAAGGUUCGUGACCUUGGAUUUGAUUUUUGGGAUCAAUCGUGUUGUUUGCUUCAAUUUUCAGAAUUGAAGGGUUCUGAGUUGAGAGACGAUGAAGGCUGCCGAGACCUUGCAAGAUCUGAUCGAAGAAGCUAAGCUUCGUACGGUAUAUUGGGCACUGUUUAUCUUCGCCGUAGCUUACUUCUUAACACACACGAGUAAAUCAAUGUUGAUGAAUAUUCCCAUAUCAAUACUAUUUGUUUCUGCAUUACGGAUUUUAUUUAAUGAGGUGGAGUUCCGUUGGAAGGUGCGGAAGGUUCAUCAGCAGACAUAUUUAUCACAUUUAGAAAAGAAGCAGUUGUCCGUGAACGAUUCUCGGCUUUCAACAUUGCCGCCACCGCCAAAAUGGAAGAGAAAAGUUGACUCUCCUAUUGUAGAGGCCGCGAUGGAGGAGUUUGUUAAUAAACUUUUGCAGGAUUUUGUUACAGAUUUGUGGUAUUCGGAUAUUACACCUGACAAGGAGGCCCCUCAGCUCAUCCGUGCGAUAAUUAUGGAUGUUCUUGGUGAAAUAUCUGGAAGGGUUAAAGAGAUAAACUUAAUUGACUUGUUGGCAAGGGAUGUAGUGGACUUAGUAGGGGAUCAUCUAGACCUUUUCAGAAGAAACCAAGCUGCUAUUGGUGUGGACGUCAUGGGAACAUUGUCGUCAGAAGAAAGAGAUGAGCGUUUGAAACACCAUCUUAUGGCUUCAAAGGAGCUUCACCCUGCAUUGAUAUCUCCCGAGUGUGAGUACAAGGUUCUUCAACGUUUUAUGGGUGCGGUAUUAGCUGUAGUGCUAAGACCAAGAGAAGCCCAAUGUCCCCUGGUUCGAUGCAUCGCCCGAGAGCUUGUAACUUGCUUGGUAAUGCAACCUAUUAUGGAUUUUGCUAGCCCUGGGUACAUUAAUGAGUUGAUUGAAUAUGUUUUCCUUGCUAUUAAGGAUGAUGGAAGUAAAGAGGCAGGUGAAGACCAGUCACCUAAUUUAGUGAGUCAUAACAGUGAUUGUAAAGAGGCAGGUGAAGACCAGUCACCUAAUGUAGUGAGUCAUAACAGUGAUCAUGCUGUUGCCGCAGAUGUUGCACCAGUUGAGUUUACUUCAAGGAAGAAUGCAUCUUCCUACAAUCAAGUGACUGAUUCGAUGGUGUCAAGAACUGACAAUCAUAAAGAGAUUUCCCCAGAUGCUUUAGAAAAUUUGAAUUCUAAUCUAUUUGGUGAGGAACAUUCGCGGCCUGCUGACUGGGCACGAAUACUGGAGGUAGCAACCCAGAGAAGAACUGAGACUCUAAUGCCUGAAAAUCUUGAUAACAUGUGGACCAUAGGAAGAAAUUAUAAAAAGAAAAUUCAGAAGAUUGCUGCUGGAGGACUUCAGGCUCCCAUGACAAAGGGUUCAGGAAUAUACAAUGCUGAACAUACAAGAAGUUCGGGAAAGCAAAUGUCAACUCAUAGGCCUGUAAUUUCUUCUGCAGUAGAAGAUAAAGUGCCGGUGCAGUUACCACCAAAAUUACAUACAGAGACUCGACUAAGUAAUAGGAACAACAAUGUGAUCGAUUUAUCUCGUGGCAUAAACAAGGAACAAUCUAUUGGAAAAGCUCCACUUUUUGGUGAACUUAAGGAUACUGCUUAUCUUACUGCUAGUGGGAAUAAAGGUGGGCUUAAAAGAUCAAAUAGCACUUCUGCCCUAAAAGUUCAACCUAAUAUGGAAAAAACAUUCACAAGUGAGGGUGGUGGGCCCAUUAUUUCAGAGUUCUAUAGCCCAGAUUUUUGCAGGCAUACUGAAUUGCAUACUGCUAAGAGUGUUUCAGAUAUCGUGUUCCGCAGUGAAGGAAUCCUCACUCCCAAGCUUAGGUGCCGGGUUGUAGGAGCAUACUUUGAGAAACUUGGGUCAAAAUCAUUUGCAGUUUACUCAAUUGCAGUUACAGAUGCAGAUAGAAACACUUGGUUUGUGAAGAGAAGAUACAGUAAUUUUGAAAGAUUACAUCGUCACCUUAAGGACAUUCCUAAUUACACAUUACAUUUGCCUCCCAAAAGGAUAUUCUCGUCAAGCACAGAGGAUGCUUUUGUUCUUCAGCGCUGCAUUCAGCUUGACAAAUAUCUGCAAGAUCUCUUGUCAAUAGCUAAUGUUGCUGAACAACAUGAGGUGUGGGACUUUUUGAGUGUUUCCUCAAAGAAUUACUCUUUCGGAAGAUCGUCUUCAGUAAUGAGAACCCUGGCUGUGAAUGUGGAUGAUGCUAUGGACGAUAUCAUGCGCCAGUUCAAAGGGGUUUCAGGUGGCUUAAUGCGGAAAGUUGUUGGUUCAUCUUCCCUUCCUUAUGAAGAAGGCUCUUUAUCCUGGAAUGCUGAUGAGAUUAGUAACCAUCUCUCCUGGCAAAAUACCACAGAAUCAGCAAAAAGCCUUUCUGAUAAUGAGGACGGUGAUAAAGAUGGAACUCGUGGCCAUGAGGAAGUGGGAUCUAGUGUGCAAGCUAGUGGGUGGCAUUCAGACAAUGAAUUGAACUCAAAGGGUUUCCCACCUAGGGUUGUUAAACACUGUGAAAGGUUUAGAAGCUUAGAUUCUGAGAAGAAACAUGGUUCAGAGGCAGAAUCUCUAUCAGUCAGCCUGGGUGGAUAUCCUGCGAUACGCUUCCCAAUAACCUCUGACAAUCCGGUUGGAAUGCCACUGGAGUGGACACCACCUAAAUUAAGCGUACCUGUGUUGAAUUUAGUUGAUAAGAUAUUUCAGCUUAAGAGAAGAGGCUGGCUAAGAAGACAAGUGUUCUGGAUAUCAAAGCAAAUAUUACAGUUAAUGAUGGAAGAUGCUAUUGAUGACUGGCUCCUAAGACAAAUUCAGUUGCUCCGGAGAGAUGAAGUUAUUGCUCAGGGUGUUCGGUGGAUCCAAGAUGUUCUGUGGCCUGACGGCACAUUCUUUACGAGAUUAAAUACUCAAAGCCAAAUGAAUGAUUGUCAACCUAAUCAGACAUCUUUUCAAACUACAAGCCGUCACACUAAAGCUUCUAAACCAGGGUCUUUUGAGGAACGGCUUGAGGCUGCUCGUAGAGCUAGUGAUGUCAAGAAAAUUAUCUUGAAUGGAGCUCCAUCUACUCUAGUCAGCUUGAUCGGGCAGAAGCAGUAUAGGCGCAGCGCAAAAGAUAUAUACUAUUUCCUUCAGUCUACAAUCUGUUUAAAGCAGCUUGCCUAUGGAACACUUGAACUGGUCCUCAUAUCUGUUUUUCCUGAGCUACGGGAUGUUGUGCUGGAUGUUCAUGAGAAGACGGGUACUCAACCUGUAUAGUAAGUUAAAAGUUUCAUUUUCGUCACACUUUUCAUCAUUCCAUUUGAGAGGAUAGUUAGUUUCCCAACAACUGUGAGGUUCCAAAUGAGGAAUUCUUUGAAGAUUGGGCUUUGGUGGCUUUGCCGUGAGAUUCUUCGCCCCCCCCCCCUCCCCCCGCGGCGGGGGGACGAAAGAGGAAAUGGAAUUUUGAUAAAUGCACAGAAAUCAAUUAUGGGAUGUGGGAAAUAGAUCUUGUACUGGCUGUACAGAAACGUACUUUUAGAAUUUGUAUAGCAGUCCUCUUGAGUGAAACUAUUGUAAUUAAUUGAUUAAACACACCGGUCAUGGGGAUUUUUUUGUUUUGCACGGUUGCAGACUUGAGAAUCAUGACCAGUAGUGGUCUCUAUUCAUUCAUCACGUUAGCAAAUUUUUGAAAUUUUUUAAAAUUUUAUUUGAAGUGGAAGCAUUAUGACUUUUUAUCUUUAGGAACUUGCAUUUUGUAUGAACUAAGCUUAUCA